UGUUCCACAAACAAAUUAGAUAGUGUAGAUUGCAUGUAAAUAGCACAUAAGCUACACUUUUGUUGAAAAACAUGCAAAGUAAUUGUUAAAUUCUAAGUCACUCUUUUAUUGAAAAGCAAGCAAACUAAGAGUUAAAGUCUCACUUGCCUCGAAAAUGGCAGACUUCCCUUUUACUUGAAUGUCCGAAGUCUUCUGAAAUGAUCUUUGUUGCCCUCAGUCUAUUCAAAAUCAUGAACAACAGGUCCAAAUUAGCCUAGGGAAACUAAUACCAUAAUUUUUGGACACCCGGGUUCAAAGUCAACCAUUGGUCAAUUCAAAAUCGCCCCUCAAGUCAGCCGUUCAAAAUCCAAAAUAAAUUACAUGAAUGUGUUACCCAUUAGCUAUGGAAUCCUAUUCUGUAAUCAAAAUCCUAUUUGAAUAUCAAUUGAUAGGCCAAAUCAUCAAUUUUCCAUUCCUAGGUCUAUGUCUAAAACACCUAAUUUUAGCCUCUUAGAAUUCAUGAUUUAGCAGUUCAAAUCGCGUAUAAAUCAAGUAUAUUAUUGGAUUUAGCGUAAGGAGCUCAUGCCUUGAAUCUUAGUUCAAAACUCCAUCAAUUCGGAUCCUAUGCACGAGCUCCAAAACCCCAAACUAGUGUAAAAAUGGCUACUGAAAUUCAAAAUUAGCUUUUUAUAUCCCGUUCUCUUUCGUGUUCGCAAACCUCAGGCCCGCGUUUGCGAUGCAGUUGCUGUCCAGGUUUGCGCAAUCACAGUCAUCACCUCGUCACGUAGAAGACUUGAUCGGCGUUGACUUGACUUUUCCCUUAGCAAUCGUGCCCUAGCAUUCGAGUUGAACAUUUUCUCUGUGUUCCGCGAUCGCAACUGGUGCUGUGCGGUUGCGAAGAAAGCACCAACACCAUAAAAAUUUGCAAUUCUAAUUUUCCCCAAAUGGUGCCGAAAUACCCUGAGCCCUCGGGUCCCAGCCAGAACAUACCAACUAGUCUAAAAACAUCAUAUUAACCUAUAGGAAGUUCCAAAUCAUGCAACACUCAAACAGAGAGGUCGGGUUGUUACAGGACCUUGUAUGCUUUGCUGCUUGGUUUAGAAUGAAGCAGUCCCUCUGCCUUCACAAGAAAAACCAUCAGACACGCAUAAAGUAUUAAAAAAAAACUUGAAUGAUGCAAAAACUUGUUCAAUAUGGCAUCUUUGCCCAUUUCCAUUCCAAACUAUCUUUAAAAAAAGUGCCUCCUUGGUUAACUAGAAUUACGGAGAGAAUAAAUGAAAAAUCAGGGUUAUUUCCAUCAUCAAUUAAUCACGUGCUUAUCAAUGAAUACCUUCCUAACCAAGGAAUAAUGCCGCAUCAAGACGGACCAGCUUAUUAUCCUGUAGUGGCAAUUCUUUCUCUUGGAUCUCCUGUAGUUAUGGAUUUCACUCCACAUCCUAAUUUGGGCAGCCAUGUUGGUACACAUGGAAAGAGUGUUGAUGACAAAAUUUCUGACCAGGAGGCCGCUGUGAUGAAUUCAAGUGAACGGCUAGAUAGCUGCCAUCCUUUUUCUAUCAUAUUAAUGCCUCGCAGUUUGUUGAUAUUCAAAGAUAUGGUGUACUCAGACUACUUGCAUGGUAUAAAAGAUUCUGAGGUGCAGCGAUGUAACGAGGCUGUAAAUGUAACAAAUGUUCAAAGUCAUGGAAUAGUUCAGCACUCAUCAGGUCCCGUGAAAGCAUGUGAUAGUGAUGACACUGUCAUUUGCAGGGGUAACACCAGAGUUUCUUUGACCUGUCGAGCAGUAACAAAGGUUUAUAAAAGUAUUUUUAAGUUCUAGUUUCAUACAGAAAAGAAACAAGUCAACAGACGCGACGCAAGGUGAGUAGAGUGCUGAGUCCAGGAGAAUCACAACCACUCUUGCCGUUUUGUAAAAUCAGGAUGAUUGAUGUACGUCAGCUAUCGUACCUUGAAAACCUCCAUGAUUUAACAAUUUAAAUGUAGCAUAGCUAAGUAAUCUAUUCCUUUUCUUAAUCUGUGCAUAGCUGAUUGCCAUGUAUUUGUUCCCGAUGAGAUCGUGAUUCUUGUUUCAUUCCCUUUGAGAACCUUUCGGACUUGAUUCUAACGUUGUGUUGGGAAAUUUUAGGUUUUAUUACCUUCAGAAUUAUGGACUUGAUGGUAACCUUUUUAUUUUUAUUUUUUAUUGAUUCAAUACAAUAGUUCCCAAACUUUGAUGAUUA